GAAAGUGAGCUCGCCAGGGAAAGAGCGAGAGAGAGGGCGAGAGUCACCUGCCCCCCUCCCCCUCCGGGGCGGCCACGUAGCCCCACAAGUAUGCUCCGCUGCCACACGCGGAAAGCUCCCGCUGGGGACCGGCCCGGCCCGUCGCGCCCCCGCCCAGUCCCCUAGGGACGCUCCGGGGCUCCCAACCUUACUUCCUGAAAGGUCAUCCGAAACGGGCCCCUCCUUGCCCCCCCCCCAGUCUUCUUUCCUCCAGCCCCUUUGAUCCCUACCCCCCUAACUCCUCAGCCUUCCCGUCCCCUAAACCCCUCCCCGCCGAGCUCUCUUUCCUCCCAGCCCCUCUAGCUCUCUUCUCCCCGGGCCUCCUAGCUCCCCAGACCCCUUCGUCUCAUCCUCUUUUCUCCCCUUCCCCCAGGCUCCUUUCCUUUCCCAUCUCCUUGCUGCCCAAUUCCUUUGCCCCCAGCCCCCUUGCUCCCAACCCCCUUAUCCCUCAGCCUCCUUGACCUUGGAAUCGCCAUCCCCCCCCCCCCCAAGCCCUCUUCCCCCAGUUCCUUUCCCCUCCUACUCCCCUUCCCCAGCGUCCCUGCCCCCCCCUCUCUCCCCGCCCGGCUUUUCCUGGGCGUUGGGGGUGGGGAGGGAUCCUGAGGUUGGCUAGGUCUCCCACUAUACAAAACCCGUGAAGGAGAAAACAAAUCCCAGCACAGGGUCGGAGAUGGGAGGCGCCUGUCCGGAGCCGGGAAAAGAUCCCGUCCGGGGCCCGUCCAGAAGGAGCCCCAGCCCCAGUCUCGGCUCGGAAAUCCUCCGGAGUCCUUGAACUGAGACUCGUCCGGCCGGCGGAGGGGAAGGCCCGAGAUUUGCGGGGCUCCAGUCGAGGCUCCUCUGCUUUACAAGCCCUGGAGCUGAAGGGAAAGGCCGGAAACCAGACGGGAAAGUGCUUGGUCUGGUCCUUUGAGAGCUAAUUUGAACUCCAGCUCUUCUAUCUUGUGUGACUUGAGGCACGUCCCCGCCAUUCCGUGAGCCUCGGUUUCCACGUUUGUCAAACGAGGACAUUUGCCUAGCUGGCUCCUGGGGGCCCGGACAAGUCUAAAUCUGGAAUUCUAUGGCCUGGUGCCUCCAUCUCUAAGGCCCUUCAAGCCUGAGUCCUACAAACCGGUUCUGGGAGGCCGGGGAAUUGUGGGAGAGCCAGGCUACCUCGGCCACUGGAGCUUUCCUGCCCCAGCCCUCAGGAAGCUCAGUCUCCUCCCAGAGCAGGCUUGCCUCUGGGGCUCGGGCACUGGUCCGAUGGGCAGAGCACCUUCCCUGUGCCGCUUUAAUUCCAACCUUGAACUAGAGACUUUGAUUCCAAACUACUCAACCCAAGUAUUUAUCAAGUGCCUGCUAUGCACCUGCCAGCCCUUGCCCUCAAACAGCUUAAGAAAUAUUGGGAGAAUCCAGCAAGCAGUCAUCGAUGUUCUCAUCCUAUCAGAACGGGCAGAAAUGGACCUUCUAGAAUGGGGAAUUACAUGCAUCAGAAGCUAAAGUCCCUGGGAGAAAUAAGGCAGUGGACACUAGGCUGGGCCCUCCAGAUGCAGAGCAGGGGAGGCAGAAGAACUGGAGUGUACCAAGAGCUCCACAGCCCCACCAUCAGGUACGACCUCCUCCAUGAAGCUCUUCCUGCUAACUCCAAUUGUGAGCACCAAGUGCCGGGGCCUCUGGUGGGAGUGCGUCACCAACGCUUUCGACGGCAUCCGAACGUGUGACGAGUACGACUCUAUCCUGGCAGAGCAUCCCUUGAAGCUGGUGGUGACGCGGGCACUGAUGAUCACGGCAAACCUCCUGGCCGCCCUCGGGUUCCUCUCUCUGCUGCUGGGGCUGCACUGUGUGAAAUUCCUCCCCAACGAGCCUCUCAUCAAGUUCCGGAUCUGCUUUGUGGCCGGAAUCUUGCUGGUGAUAGCAGGAGUCCCCGGGAUUGUCGGCUCCGUGUGGUACGCCGUCGACGUCUACGUGGAACGCACCUCCCUGGUCCUGCACAACAUAUUUCUGGGCAUCCAGUACAAGUUCGGCUGGUCGUGCUGGCUCGGGAUGGCCGGGGCCCUGGGCUGCCUCUUGGCCGGGGCCGUCCUUACUUGCUGCCUUUAUCUCUUUAAAGAUUUGGGCCCAGAGAGGAGCUACGCUUAUUCCAUAAGGAAGGCCUACUCACAUGCCGGGGUCUCGAUGGCUAAGUCCUACGUCCCCACUCGAACAGAGACUGCUAAAAUGUAUGCUGUGGAUACAAGAGUGUGACUCUUCCUUCCCUCUGUGAGACUGCGCCCACCCACGACUCAAAACCCAGUCAAUUUAAUCAGCUCAAUAAAGAGCCAUCCAGUGAAGUGAAAUUAUUGUUCCAUUUAUGUGGUCAACUGAAAGGAAUGAUAAGGUCAUUGGAAAGUUCGACCUAAAAGCCUUAAGUAAUCCCUCUUAUCUUUUCUUUUUUUUUAAAUUCCAUCCAUUUCCUUUUUUCCCUUACAUUUUCACUCCCUUUUUCAUUAAAAAAAGAAGGAAAAUCCACUUUAGCUUUCAGACCAAGUAGCCCUUAACUCUGACAUGUUCUUGGAAUUUGUCCAUCGGCAUGAGAGACGAUGGUUUAGUGACAUUAAACAGAACAUCUUUUGAGGGAAGAAAGCAAAAUAACCUCCCCCAAAAGAGCGGAGAUUAAGAUCUUAGCGACUAAUGGGCUGCCUUCUUGCUCUUUUGCUCUUAGUUCCUGUUGGAGUCUCGGUUCUGUGAAUCAUACAAUAACUAUGAAAAGAGAUAAAUCAGGGCAGCAAAUGCAUGUCCACAGCUGUCCCCUUGCAGAGGAAAAGUGGGCAGCUGCAUGAAGCUGCCAUUGGUGGAAAAGUGAAGAUGAGACACGUUCCCAUCCACAUGCUAGAUGGGUGUUUGUGUUAGAAAAGGGCACGGCUCCCACUGAUUUUAGGAAUAAUAGGCAGAGAAAUAGGGUGUAUUUAUGCCCCUGCAGCUGUCUGAGAGAGUGCUAAGGACUUGAACCGAAGCAUCCUGAGUAAGACACAGAGUUCAAUCAACCUGGGGUUGUGCUAACCUGGCCCACUUUUCCUCGGGAGGAAUGGCUGCUUGGAUGGUCCUUCAACUGCAAGUCCCCGGGGGCUAGCAGAAAUGAAAUUGGCUGUUUCUGCUCUCUCAAAAUGCACAACUAUUCAGAGAAAAGUUCUAUGUCUAUGCAAAAUAUGCUGUUUUGGUAAAGUGCAUGAAAGCUUAAAGUAAUCAGAUAUUGUGGACUUGGUUGUAUGCAUAUUGAUGAUAAAAUCAUGAUGGAUUUCCUCAGGAGGAAUUGUGGCCGAAUAGCAGCCAGAGGAACGGACGCUAUGUCUAAAAUAAACAAACCACACACGA